AUGGCCUACCACCCACCACCUACCACCCACCGCCCACCGCCCACCACCCACCGCCUACCGCCCACCACCCACCGCCUACCGCCUACCGCCCACCGCCCACCGCACACCGCCUACCACCCACAGCCCACCGCCCACCGCCUGCUGCCCACCCCCACCGCCUACCACCCACCGCCCACCGCCUACUGCCUACCGCCUACCACCCACUGCCCACCGCCUACCACCUACCGCCUACAACCCACCGCCCACCACCCAACGCCCACCCCCUACCACACACAGCCCACCGCCUACCACCUACCGCCUACCACCCACGGCCUACCACCCACCGCCCACCACCUACCACCCACCGCCUUCCGCCCACCACCUACCACCCACAGCCCACCGCCCACCGCCCACCACCUACCACCCACCGCCUACCGCCCACCACCUACCACCCACAGCCCACCGCCCACCGCCUACCAUCUACCGCCUACAACCCAUUGCCCACCACCUACCGCCUGCCUCCCACAGCCCACCGCCGACUGCCUACCACCUACAGCCUACCACCUACCAACCAACGCCCACCACCCAACGCCCACCCCCUACCACACACAGCCCACCGCCUACCACCCACCACCUACCACCCACGGCCUACCACCCACCGCCCACCACCCACCGCCCACCACCUACCACCCACAGCCCACCACCUACCGCCCACCGCAUACCACCCACAGCCCACCACCCAACGCCUACCACCCACCACCUACCACCCACAGCCCACCGCCCACCGCCCACCACCUGCGACCCACAGCCCACCGCCUACCAUCUACCGCCUACAACCCACCGCCCACCGCCUACCAUCUACCGCCUACAACCCACCGCCCACCACCUACCGCCUGCCUCCCACAGCCCACCGCCUACUGCCUACCACCUACAGCCUACCACCUGCCAACCACCGCCCACCGCCCACCACCCAACGCCCACCCCCUACCACACACAGCCCAGCGCAUACCACCUACCGCCUACCACCCACGGCCUACCACCCACCGCCCACCACCCACCGCCCACCACCUACCACCCGCAGCCCACCACCUACCGCCCACCACGUACCACCCACAGUCCACCACCCAACGCCUACCACCCAACGCCUAA